AUGGCGAGAAGCAAGGGUCUUCCGAAAGACCCGGAAGACGCGGACGUUUUUACGGCGGUCCUCAGCGACAGGACGGGACGAAAGGAGGCCGACCGGAGGAAGUUCGGGGGCCGGGUUUUACGAAGUUUCAAUAUCGCGGACCGAAAACAUGCGGCCGACGCUCGGAUAAAUUCAACUAAAGACGGGUUCGGCCAGGUUUAA